AUGGCUACUGUUGAUCGCGAAUAUUCAACUUUACUUCCACUUACAGAUUGUAUCUAUUUUACAAAUGGAGAUUGUAUGUUCAAAAAGAAAUGUCGUUAUCGUCAUUGUCAAACAGCUGUGAAGCAACUAGAAGAAUGUUCCAAUUGGCCGCAUACAUGUCGUAAUAUAGAUUGUCCUUAUCGACAUACAAGAAAACCAUCUAAAAUACAAAAAUCUAUGUUACGAGAAAAAGAUUUUGUAAGUUUCUUUUGGGAUAUUGAAAAUGUUCCUAUACCUAAAGGACAAAAACCUUUUGAUAUUGUCCAACGUAUUCGACAAAAAUUAGUUGUUGAAUCUGGUUUACAAGAAGCUGCUUUUUCUUGUUUUUGUAAUAUAAAUACAAUAUCACAAGAUAAUCAACAAAGUUUACAUCAUGCAAAUGUUCGUAUUAUUCAUGUACCUGAUCGAAAACCAGGUGCUGUUGAUCGACAAAUCAUGCUUGAAUUAGAUCGUUUUGAACGUGUUCAUCGUCCACCUGCUACUAUUGUUUUGAUUUCUGGUGAUAUUGAUUUUGUUGGAAAAUUAAAUGAUCUUCGUCAUCAAGCUGGAUUUCAUGUCAUUGUUAUACAUAAUAAGUUCGCUAAAGAUGAA